UUUUUGUUAACGUCAUUAGUUUAUCUGAGAUGAGUCAGGAGCCAUUUCGUUGGUGAGUUUAACAGUAACUGUCAAGGUUGUUUAACGUCUCCGUGGCCACGAUGCAUGGAUAAUGAUAACGACUCACACAAGGGACGCAGAUGGGAAGCUUCCUGCUGAAAGCUAACCGCAGUUACAAGUCAUCUGCUGGAAACUCCCUCGAGUGCCAUUGACUAGCGCAGCCAUCAACAUUUCACCACAUAAUCCAUCAUGUCAUUACCAAAGGAGUCAGGGAACCGAGGGAAAGAUCGAGAGAGGGGAGCCCGCCCUAAGGUGAGACAGAGUCGAUCAGAGGAGAGACGAGAUGCAGGUGCGGGACGGAAAGGUGGAAAGGGAAAGAAAAAAGGCCUUUCGUCCCACGAGUCAGCAGCAGAGCGGCCUGUCAGUGAUGGCUUUGAGUAUGGUGAGCUUCUAAGUGACCUGGAGAACAGGGACCAAUCUUCCUCCUCUCCUCUUAAAGAGAGUUGGCGAUGGCAGGGUUUGGAAGCGGCUGCCUCAUUACUUGGACCAGAACUAGUAACAGCCAGGCCAGGAUUGGGAACCAUUAGUUCUGCCACAGAAUUAUCUGCACCCGGUGAGGGGGAGGGCAGAGGGGCAAGCAGCAGUCGCACUCUCCGGCAGAAAAUCCAAGAUGCGAUGGGGCAAUGUUUCCCAAUAAAGACGCACAGUGCAGCAGCAGCAGCAGCAGCGGCACCAUCACCACCUCCGCAGGCUCUUUCAUCAUCAGCUGCCUGUGCCUCCUCAAGGCGUAAGAUCCAUCUCAGUGAGUUGAUGUUGGAUGACUGCCCUUUCCCUGUGGGGUCAGAGCUGGCUCAGAAGUGGUAUCUCAUUAAGCAACACACGGCCCCGAUCACCCAGCCUCCAGUGCUUGACACUGAAGUAGUAUGCAGCGCCCCAACUUCAGCUAUGGCCGCUGUGGUGGAGGAUGUAGAUGACAGGUUGCGAGAGCGCAGGCGCAUUAGCAUCGAACAAGGCGUUGAACCGCCACCAAAUGCAGAGAUCCACACAUUUGAGGUGACAGCCCAAAUUAACCCUCUCUACAAGCACGGGCCUAAACUGGCUCAUGGUAUGAACGAGUUGGCAGGGGCGGACAGAGCCUCAGUUCAACAGCAACAGCAGCUUCUUCUCCAAAGGCAGCAGCAGCACCAACUCCUACUACAGAGCUGUCUGGACACUCUGGAUGAGGUGGUGGCCUCUGCCUCAGCAUCAACCUCUGUUCACCCCUGCGAAACCAUCUCCGACCCUCCGGUUGACCCAGAGGUUACAGCGACCAACGUGCCCUCCAGAGCUGUACCUCCUCAAACUGAGCAUCAGAAAUCUCAGGAUGGCUACCGCAUUCACACCCAGAUUGACUACAUUCACUGUUUAGUUCCAGACCUGCUGCAGAUCACCAACCUCCCGUGUUACUGGGGGGUCAUGGACCGCUACGAGGCAGAGACCCUGCUGGAGGGAAAGCCUGAAGGAACUUUCCUCCUGCGUGACUCUGCCCAGGAAGACUACCUCUUUUCCGUUAGUUUCCGGCGCUACGGCCGCUCGCUACAUGCUCGCAUUGAACAGUGGAACCACAACUUUAGCUUCGACGUGCACGACCCCAGCGUCUUCCACGCUCCCACAGUGACGGGUUUGCUGGAACACUACAAAGACCCCAACUCUUGCAUGUUCUUCGAGCCCUUGCUGUCCAACCCCAUCCAUCGCGUGCAGCCAUUCAGCCUGCAGCACAUCUGCCGAUCGGUCAUCAGCAGCUGCACCACCUAUGACGGCAUUAACAUGCUUCCCAUUCCAAAUGCUUUGAAAAAGCACCUGAAAGAAUACCAUUAUAAGCAGAGAGUACGUGUACGGCGAAUGGACACAUGGUGGGAAUGAAGAACAACAAAAAACUUACUGACUAUAAGAAACUACUAAAUAAAUUUUUAAUGCAAAUCCCACCCUAACUGAACUGAACAAUGAAGUCAGCUUAUUCUUCACUCUAUUCGGCUGUAUUAACAUACACUGCACUGUAUUUAUUUAUUUUAUUUCCUGCUGUAUAUGUCUUAACAAUUGUACUAAACUACACUGAUAAGAUGACAUGUAAUCUCACUGACCUUGCACACUCCAAGUUCUUUUCGCUCAAAUUAAACAAACUUAUUUAGA